AUGAAGUUCCUCAACAUCGGCCUCAUCGCCAUCUCCUCCCUCUUCGCCACCUCCCUCGCGGCUCCCGCUGUCCACGGCCUACCCACUGAGGUCACCGAUGUGACCGACGCCGCCAAGGUCCCCGUUGUCCACAUCCCCAUCGCCCCUAACACCGACGUCCUCGACAAGCGCACCGAGGUCAUCUACACCAAGGUCCAGUACACUAUUGUCGAAGUCAAGAAGCACUGCUCCACCAUCAACUCCACCGUCGACGGCGUCGCCGGCGGCCAGGUCGCCCAGAAAAAGGCCGACAUCAUCAAGCUCGUCAAGAGCGAGGUCACCAUCAUCAUCAGCCUGAUCCACACCCUCGUCGGCGACCUUGUCGAGCUCCUCGGCGAGACCGUCGAGAUCGUCGGCGAGGAGAAGGAGCAAAUCAUCUCCGUGGUCCUUGAGCUCGUCUUUGAGAUUAUCUACUGCCUGAAGCACGUCAUCAAGGUCCUUGGCAUCAGCAUCUUUGAGCUCCUUGGCUCCAUCGUUUUCGUCCUCCUUACCGUCGUCUUCCACCUCCUCUGCACCCUCAACGGCCUGGUUGAGGGUCUUUUGGAGCUUGUCUGCUCUGUCCUCGGCGGUGUCAUUGGCCUUCUCCUCGAGGUCCUCUCCGGCCUCCUGCCCAUCGUCCUGGGCCUUGUCGGAGGCAUUCUCAAGGCUAUCGAUCUCGGCGGUCUUCUCUGCAGCGUCGGCAACAUCCUCUAA